GGGCCGUUCCCAAAUGAAUAAUCAACAGUCCGCCAAAUUUUUUUUAAUUCAACAAUAAAGUACCACCAUGGUAGUGAAUGGAGGUGUGAUGAUAGUUGAAAAGAGAUGAAUUGGAAAAAGUGCCGUUCCUAAAUGAAUAAUCAACAAUCCACUAAAUUUCGUUUAAUUCAACAAUAAAGUACCACCAAGGAAGUGAAUGAAGGUGUAAUGAUAGUUGAAAAGAGUAAAAGAAGAACUGCAUGAUAUGUGCUACAACGAAAUUGAUGACGUUGAAACAGAAGGUGAAAUAUUCGAUGGUAAAAAUGUGCAAUACCUCAGAGGUCUACCAGGAAAUUCCGUUCGUACACUUGAAAAACGCGAAGAAAUUCAUGAACUUGAACCAAACCAAGAAAUUAAGAUAGAGUUUGAGUGCAAAGAUAUGAAACCCAAUGUUAAUUUAUUAGUACCCGAUGAAGUGAACGAAGAAAUUCACGAGCUUGAACCUAACCAAGAAAUUAAGAUAGAGUUUGAGUGCAAAGAUGAGAAAUCCAAUGUGGAUUUAUUGGUACAAGAUAAAGCAAACGAUUGGCCUCAUCGGUUUCAGGAUGUUAAAAUGAGCCAGAAUUUUGCAACUCAUUCCUCUAUUAAAAUAGAAACUGAGAGUUCAAUAGAAAAUGAGUUUCUCAGCGAUAAUAGAAAAACUGUAGAUUCAAUUACUGGCUGCAAACUCAACAGGCAGAAUGAAAAACUAAAUCCUUUAACAAACGAAGUUAUAUCUAUGGAAGGCAACGGACAUUCAAAAAGAUCAUCUCGCCAAAAAACUAUGAAAACCCAUAUAGAUCCGGUGCAUAAUGAUUGUAUCACUCACCUAUGUCAAGUGUGUGGAAAGACAUUUUCACAAAAGUCUAAUCUGAAAAACCAUAUUGAUUCGGUUCAUAACCGCAUUAAUCACCCAUGUCAAUUGUGUGGAAAGACAUUUUCACAAAAAAGUUAUCUCAAAAUUCAUAUGGAUUCUGUGCAUAACCGUAUCAAUCACCCAUGUCAAUUGUGUGGAAAGACAUUUUCACAAAAAAGUUAUCUCAAACGCCAUAUUGAUUCGGUUCAUAACCGUAUGACAACCCAUGUCAAGUGUGUGGCAAGAUAUUAUUACAAAAAAGUUAUCUCAAAGUUCAUAUGGAUUCUGUGCACAACCGUAUUAAUCAGCCAUGUCAAGUGUGUGGAAAGACAUUUUCACAAAAAGGUUAUCUCAAAAUCCAUAUAGAUUCUGUGCAUAACCGUAUAAAUCACCCAUGUCAAAUGUGUGAACAGACAUUUUCACAUAAACAUUAUCUCAAAACUCAUAUGUAUUCUGUGCAUAACCGCAUUAUUCCCCUGUGCCAAGUGUGUGGAAAGACAUUUUCACAAAAGUUUAAUCUGAAACGCCAUAUUGAUUCGGUUCAUAACCGUAUAAAUCUUUAAAAUUGUUAUUUAUGACAUUUGCAUACGAAGGAAAUCUGAAAAACCAGAAUGAUUCGAUGCAUAGAAGAAAAAACUUCAUGCAA